CGCCGUUGCCCACUCGAACAUGAACAGGUCCUGCAUACCAAUUCAAGCCUAUUAGUCGUCGACUCGUAAAUGGGCUAUCAGGGUUCCUCAUAGCACAUGAUCUAGCAGAAGCAGUGGAGGCCCAGGCCUGCUCGACGACGGAAGUGAAAUCCUGCCGAUCGUUACUCCCUAUGCUCACAGCACACGCCAGAGGCGCCCGAAUUGGUAGAACGGGAAUCGCCGUUGUGAUCUAAUGCACCUCGCGAUACUCCAUCACAGAUGAUCUGACGACACUGGGAAGAAUCGCCGAGGCGGCAUCGCUAUAGACUGACUAUGCUCGACGCUAGGCUUGAGCAGCUAGUUGGCUCAAUGGCUACCUUUUUGUAGCACUACUCCAACUGAGCGUUCAUCCACCUGCACCGAGCACUCAACAUUUGCUCGAAGGUCACCCAGGUGGAAAGCAGGAACUCUCUAGCCAAGCAUCAGCUUCGCAAGAAAUCAAUAUGAAGGUCGCCGCCAUUAUCUCGAUUUGCGCUGCAGCGUCCCUUGCAGCUCCUGUCGCGGACGACUACAUUCCCGGUCACUACAGACCAACACGAACAUACAACACGGGAGUGGAAGCCUCAGCCAUACCGCAAGCAUCAGCUAUACCACAAGCAUCAUCGAUCCCAAAGCCACAAGUCUCCAACAUACCCGUGUCGCCACAGGUGUCCAACAUCCCGAGUGGUUACCAAAGCAAGACUGUUUCCGCGCCAGAAUCCAAGAUAUGGGUGGGUGAGCAGGUUGAACACAGCAAGCCAGAGGAGUGGUGGGAGCGCCACGAGUGGUCUUGAAGUGGCGAUGGUCUUCGCACCAGUGAAGCUGAAAUGGGCACACUGGCGCCCAGUGCCAUUUUUGAAAUGCGAUUGGGGAGUUGACCUGGAAUGGGAACUUCAGAGAAGGCUGAACAAGACUGCCGACUUUUUUCAUCACGACUUCAUGCCGAAAUUCUUCUUCGAGGGGCGGUUAGCAUCUCAAAGAGAUGACAUUAUUUUUGCGGUCUGUCCACUAUUGGGCAGUCCUGCAUGUUCUUUUGUCCAGGGAAAACGCUGGGGGCGACCGAUAAUAGCCCAUAUCCAUUCUUUGCAUUACGAUUCUCGCCCAAAGAUCCUGCUCUACGACGACUGAGCAGAGUAAGCGAGGAUCGACCACCAAAAUGUACAUAGAGGCCGCGACCUUGCUAGGGAACAGC